GUUCCGGAUGAAUAUGUGAGCGAACCUGUCUGUCUGCCUUCAGUAACAGUACCAGACUGGACGUGAUGACGUAGUUCUCUUUAGACACGUCACACGUCGGACUAAGGUCCUCGAGGCUGUGAGCGUCUGGACAGAAGCUCGAGGAGCGCUGAGGAGCCGCUGCAGGAUGAGUCUGUCCGUCAUCCCAUUCUUCUUCUCCUCCUUCUCCUUCUCCUUCUUCUUCUUCUCCUCUGUGGCCGACGCUCAGCUGCUCUCCCUGUCAGAGAUGUACAGCAGCCUGCAGUCUCCAAACUUCCCUGAGCCGUACCCUCGAGAGACGGCGCUGCGCUGGAACAUCAGUGUCCCCGACGGUUUCCAGAUCAAACUCUACUUCAGCCACUUCGACCUGGAGCCGUCCUACCUGUGUGAGUACGACUACGUCAAGGUGGAGGCGGAGGGGGAGGUGCUGGCCUUGUUCUGCGGUCGGGAGGAGACGGACACGGAGGCGGUACCAGCUCAGCAGCUCGUCACGUCCCCCAGAAACUCACUGAGCGUCUCCUUCACCUCCGACUUCUCCAACGAGGAGAGGUACUCAGGAUUCAAGGCUCACUACAGUGCCGUGGACGUGGACGAGUGCAGCGAUCGCAGUGAUGAAGACCUCCUCUGUGAUCACUUGUGUCACAACUUCAUCGGAGGAUUCUACUGCUCCUGUCGCUAUGGUUACCUGCUGCACUCUGACAACCGCACCUGCAGAGUGGAGUGCAGUGACGGUGUGUUCAGGGAACGCUCUGGUGUUCUGAGUAGUGUCGAUUUUCCAUCUCCGUACCCAAAGAGUUCAGAGUGUUUGUAUCGUAUCGAGGUGGAGGUGGGCUUCAGGCUCCGUCUCCAGUUCGAUGCCCGCUUUGACGUGGAGGAUCACCCCGACGUCAGCUGCCCCUAUGACCACGUCAAGAUCAGAGCAGGCAGCAGGGAGUUUGGUCCUUUCUGUGGAGAUCAGUCUCCAGGAGAGAUUCAGACCGACAGCAACGUCGUCUCCGUCUUCUUCCACAGCGACAAUUCAGGAGAGAACCGGGGCUGGAGGAUCACAUACACAUCCACAGGAAGUCCAUGUCCUGUCCCUGAGACUCCAUCCCACACCAUGCUGAGCCCUGUCCAAUCAGAGUACUCCUUCAAAGACCAGUUGUUGCUCACCUGUGAGCCUGGAUACACCCUGCUGCAGGAUGGACGGUCGGUGGAUCACUAUCAGGUGGAGUGUCGGGCUGACGGCUCGUGGAGCAGCAGUCUUCCUCUCUGUCACAUGGUGGAUUGUGGGAAUCCGAAGGCAGUCGCCAUGGCUGAUGUGGUGUUUGGUAGUCACGACAACAGCACACUGUUUGGAUCAACGGUUCAGUACGUCUGCAGGGAGGAUGGCAGCAACAGUUCCUACAGCUGUGGACCGAGCGGAGACUGGAUCAGCUCUGAGUCAGGACCCAGACUGCCCACCUGUCUGCCAGCCUGCGGCCGUCCGUCCCGCCCUCUCCCCCCUCAGGUGAAGAGGAUUGUGGGUGGUCGCAGUGCAGAGCCAGGCCUGUUCCCAUGGCAGGUCCUGCUCAGUGUGGAGGAUCUGUCCCGGGUACCAGAGGACCGCUGGUUCGGUUCCGGGGCACUGCUGUCCGAGUCCUGGGUCCUCACGGCUGCCCACGUCCUGAGGUCCCAGAGGAGGGACACCAGCGUGGUACCAGUGGCCCCCGAACACGUCAAGGUGUUCCUGGGCCUCCAUGAUGCUGGAGAUAAGCGUGUUGCCACCAACCGUUCAGUGGAGCAGAUCUUCCUCCAUCCAGACUUUCAACCUGACAACUACAACAACGAUAUUGCCCUGCUGAGGCUGACGGAGCGGGUGGAGUUCACUCAGCUCAUCCAGCCUGUCUGUCUGCCUCCACCUCACAGCAAGGAUGACCCCCCCUCUCCUCCCCCUAACUCACUGGGUGUAGUUGCUGGUUGGGGAAUCUCCAACCUGAACACCUCUUCCUCUUCCACUUCCUCUUCCACUUCCUCUUCCUCGCCCUCCUCAUCGUCAGGUGCCCCUCCUUCUCUGAUUUCUGACCUUGGGCUGACCUCUGACCUCCUGCAGUUUGUAAAGCUGCCCGUGGUGUCUCAGGACGAGUGUGAGGCGAGCUACGCCUCACGCUCUGUCACCUACAACAUCACAGACAAAAUGUUCUGCGCCGGCUUCUUCGAGGGGGGGCAGGACACCUGCCUGGGGGACAGUGGAGGAGCAUUUGUCAUGGAGGACGGGGUCAGCCAGAGGUGGGCGGUGUUCGGGUUGGUGUCGUGGGGCGGGCCAGAAGACUGUGGCAGCCAGAGAGUGUACGGCGUCUACACCCGUGUGUCAAAGUAUGUGCAGUGGAUCCAGAUGCAGCUGCACGCUGCCCCCUGGUGGAGAGGCUGAGGCAAGAAGUAGACCAGGUCACAUGACCAAGAGAAACUGAGUCAAACAAGUACAUUUACUGAAGUGCUUGUACUUUACUUGUACUAUAACUCUGUCAUGGUACUCCACUACAUCUCAGAGGGACUUUUUACUCAAUUACAUUUGUCUGACAGCUUUAGUUACAAGUUACAAGUUACUGUUCAGUGUCCAGUGAAAACCUUCUUACUCCAGACGUAGUGACGGUAAGACUCACAUACUUUGACUUCACUAGAGUAAUGCAGUACUUGUACUGUAGUGGAGUAACUUCCCAGUUCAGCUUUUUGAAGAAAAACAUCUGCAGCUCAUAUUUGUAAUAAAGACAGAAAAACCCGUGUUUUAAGGAAUGUUAUAUCAGAAUAUUUGUUAUUGUGUUAAAAUAUGACACAGACCAGCAAUUAAAAUAAAACAAAUUUAACAAAUUAAAAUGACAAAAUAUUUUAAGUAACAAACUAAAUGACUGCUUUUGUUGUGUUUCACAACUGCAAUAUGUUUGUUAAAGUAACUCAUCACACUAACAAUAAUAAUAAUGAUAAAAAUACUAGAAAUUAUAAUAAUGAUUUUAUUUUAAUGAUUGGAGCCUUUGAAGUCAAAAUGUUAGCAGAACGUUAGAUCAUUUUUCCUCAUCUGUUGUUAGUUUUUGUGUUCAUCAGAUUUUAAUUUUAUCAAAAGAAUUUAACCAAAGAUGUGAAUUGUGACUCACUCCAUUUAUAUCCCAGAAUGCUUUGCUGCACUCCCCUGUGCUGAAUUCCUGCGUCCUUGAAGGCAACGCACAGACUGAUGAAGCAACAUCAUAUCUUUAUUUUAUCAAAUUCUAAAUGUUACUUUAUUAUCUCCACUGAUGGUUUACAGUCACAUUCUGUUUUAAUAUUUUACACUUAUGUAUGAUUUAUAUGAAGAAUAAAAAACGUGCUUUGUCACAUUUGAUGAAAACCUUUCAUCAUUUAUGUCAUCAAGUACUUUUCAAGUACUGUUAUUUUCCACUUCAU